CGCAAGGACCGACAGUACAGUUUGCAUGCAUGCGCCAUAUGAUGUCACAAUGGUUUGUAAACGUGCUUCGAAAUGUCCAUGACAGCUGCACAAAACUUUAUGAAUGUCAUCUUUAUAUGACUUGAAACUUCUAUUAAUAAAAUAUGUCACUUGACAGGAAAACCGCCUAUGAGAUUUUGGGAAUCUCUAAAGGCGCUAGUGAGAAUGACAUCCGGGCCGCUUAUAGACACCUUGCUCUCAAAUGGCAUCCUGAUAAACAUGCAAACAACGACAAAGCCACUGAGAAAUUCCAGGAUAUAUCUGCUGCCUACAAAUGUCUCACAACGGAAGACAAGGAUGCCCAGGUUCUCACAAUGGACGAAAUGUUUGACCUGUUCGCACGAAUAUUCUUUGAUUCAGGAGCUUUCUACAAUGGUUUUGCUGUUGAGCACAGCGACUAUGACUAUGAUGAUGACAGUGAUGAUGAUGACUUCUCAUGGGAACAGGUGGAGACAAACAGACACUUUACUAAAAAACAAACAGAAUUUUCCUAUACAGCCAACAGACCUUCUGCCAGUGAGGCAAGUAAGAACGCAGAUGAGUUGAUGAAGGAGGAAGAACGGCAGAAGAAGAACCGAGAGAAGAGGAAAUCCAAGAAGAAGCGUCAACGAGACAAGAAAAGGGAAGAGAAAGAUAAGAUGCAGGAGGAGGCGAUUAAAAAAGAGGAGUUUUUAAAAAAGGCGAGAGAGUCGGCAGAGAAGGCAAAGAGACAGGCGGAGCACAGGAAUAAUUCCACAACAUCUACAUCUUAUCUGGGUGCAACAAAGUCAUCGUCUUCCAGUAGAGUAAAUAACAACACCAUUUCCAAUAGCUUAAAUUCUGCAAGAAGUCAACCCAGAGCUCAGUAUGACGGCCGAGCUAAGUUCAAGUCAGCUGCUGACAGGGAAUCGGAGAGCUCUGAUUCGGACAGAGAUGAAGACACGGCAGGCUGGGACCAACAGAGCGCCUUCUUCGCUGGAGCUGCAGCGACCGCCAACAAGAAGAUGACGACAAAUUCCAAGCCGGAGAAAUCCAGAAAGAAAUCCUCUGCAAAGGGAGGAGGGAAGGAGGAAGCCGAGUCGAUUGACAGCAUGGACCCCGUUGUUUUGCAAAGCAGACAGUGUGCAGUUAAAGGCAACGAAAUGGCGAAUCUUGGUCACUACAGUACAGCAAUAGAUCUCUUCACACAAGCUAUAUCAUUGGAUCCAAGAGAUUUUAGGUUUUUCGGAAAUCGUUCUUUUUGCUACGACCGGCUACAACAGUGUGAUAGUGCUUUAAAAGAUGCAAAUCGAGCAAUUUCCUUGGCCAAGGAAUGGCCUAAGGGUUAUUUUAGAAAAGGCAGAGCAUUAGCCGGACUGAAGCGCUAUGCCGAGGCAGAAACCGCCUUUGAGCACGUCCUGAAAUUGGAUAAAAAUUGUGAGGACGCCGUUGAGGAGUUGCACAAAACCAGGAUCUCUCGCUUAAUGGAAAUGGGCUUUAAUAGACCUCAGUGUGAUGCAGCCAUCCGGCAGUAUGGGUCUGUACAAUCGGCCCUUGAUGCUCUUCUUAUUAACGGAGUAGAAGGUGUCAGUAAUACCUUCCCAGAAGACGUCUAUAUCUCCGACGAGGAAGAUUAUAUUACGCAAACUAUUGAAACUAGUAAACUUGAUGCACGUAAUCCAUUGAGUCUACGCUCCCUAUGGGUCGGCAAUCUUCAUUCAACUGUUUCAGAGAAAGAACUUAGAGAUCAGUUUGGGCAGUUUGGGGAAAUAGAAAGCCUACGCCGCCUUCCGGACCGGUUUUGUGCCUUUAUAAACUACAAGCGCCCAGAAGAAGCCGCCUUGGCCCUUGAUCAGCUCCAGGGUGUCGAGGUCGGUGGGCGUUUUCUUUUGAUUAAAUUCCCGGAUAACCCAAUCGUUGACGGUCAGCCCCGCACCACGGUGUUGAAGAAAAACACUACCGCCAGCGCCAGUACCCCCAACACCAGCAACAGCAGCAACAGCAGCAGCAGCAGCGGCAGCCACACCAAGGUACCUACAAGCCAACAGCAGCAGCAGUUUGCUGGCAAGGGUGCUUCUGCACUCAGUAACUACAACAAUCAUACUGAUGCAAGUGGUGACAAGGUGACCGGACCAGUCAAUGGCAACGAAUGCUACUUCUGGCGUACAACAGGGUGCGUGUUUGGAGACCGCUGCAAAUACAAGCACCUCGCUAAGGCCAAAGGGGCUGAUCUCAAACCAUGGCAGAAGGUGGUGUACGAUUAGCGCCCUCUGUUGUUGUUUAACCAAGCCAUCACUUUUACCUUGGUUAAAAAAGUACUGGGCCUAUGAUUCAAGUUAUGUUGGGAAAGUUGUGUGUUGUAAUCGUAACAUUGUCUUGGCUCUGGUUAGAUUACUGUAUCUUGAGAAACUCAUAUUCAAACCAAUGGCUUGAUUAUGACGAGAUAACUAUCUUAGGAAUUUAAACCACUAGUUGAAAACCGAUUCAACACACUUUGAUUCCCAUUCAUAAUUACCUUUUCGGUCAAAGACAUCA